GUCCCCGCCCCCACAUGUGGCUCCUGAUUUGAAGGUGCGCUGCUGUUUACACCGAAGCUCUCUCGGUUCUGGAGAUUGGGUUUAUAGGAUGGCGGACGAUCUGGGAAACGAAUGGUGGGAGGAGCCUGCAGGAGAAGAACAAAGUGCAGAAGCCCUAGAAGCCAAGAAAAAUGAAGAGAUCGGUGAUGGCAAUAAAAAGAAAAGGAAAACGGUGACUGUAGAGACAUUGCCUUCUAAAAAGAAGAAAAAACAGGGUAAAGAGUGCAUCUUAAAGGAGCCAACAACUGAUGGGAAAGACUUGGGAAAGAAAGAAGGUACUCCGGCAAAAAGCAGAAGGAGAAAGAAGAAGACAAUCACUGAUGUUCUUGCAACAUCUGCUCCAAAAGCCGGGACACCAGAAGAUCUUCAGAACCUUCUGCUACAACAUUUUAGCAAAACGCGGUCAGUGAUUGAACUGGAGGAACUUAAAUUAGCAGAUACCUGUUUUGUUAAACCCAAUGACUUAACCCAUACUCUUUCUUCUUACCUCAAUCAAAGCUGCCCAAAAUGGGCAAAAUUAUCAAAAAAACAUACGGAGAAGAAAUCCAUCCUGCUCCUGGUUGUGUGCAGUUCAGCCCAUCGCACUCUGGAACUCAUUAAACUAAUAAAUGCUUUCAGAGGUGGCACAAAAGUUCUGAAACUGUUUGCAAAGCACAUUAAGAUACAAGAUCACAUAAAACAGUUGGAAAAAAAUGUCAUCCACAUAGGCGUGGGGACUCCGGGAAGGAUCAAAGCCCUGAUUGAACAAGACGGGCUAAGCUUGGAGUGCCUGAAAUACCUGGUGCUGGACUGGAACUGGAGGGAUCAGAAGUUAAGGAGAAUGGUGGAUAUUCCAGAGGUGAAGAAGGAAGUGCUGGAACUCCUGGAAAGUGGACUUUUAUCGUCGUGCAGAGCUGGCAGUGUGAAGCUUGGUCUAUUUUAAACAACAUUCAGUUACAUUGUGUUUUAUCUGCAUGUUCAUAGUGAUGUUUUAAAUAAAUUUCUUCUGUGUUCA